UUAGCAGCCGAGUUUGUUCCGAUUUUCUCUCCACAAAUUAACUUCUGCUUUCACAUCAGAUCCUGUUAAUCAUAAAAGUUGCAACCUUCCGCUAUGAUCAGUAUCCAACAACUUAACGGUGAAUUUAGGUUAUUUUAGUUGCAUUAGUCAGUUGUCCGUGUCUUAUGAUACAAUGCUGUGGAAGAUGGAAAAUUUGGAGAAACUCAAAGAGACUUUUCCGAAUGCCAAAUCAGGACUAUUUCAGUUUUUGGGCAAUCUCUUACUGUUUCUAAUCCUUUAUGGAGUGGAACAUCAACUGGAGAAUGAGAUCCAAUGUCCAUGUGAUUUGCGAUCGAACACCCGCUACAUCUCAGUAACGUUUGUUUUCCCUGCACUGUCGCUAUUCAUUAUUGGUCUAUUGGUACAAAGUUAUUUACAGAAUUGGUGCCAUUUAUGGUGGAGCAAGCAGAAGGUACAGCACUGUCCACCCCCGUCUUUAUUCAUCCUAUUGACUGUGGUUAAAGCAUCAAUUCCAGCAAUAAUAUGGAUUGUUCUACUCUUCCUGAAUGGCAACUAUUACACCUGUUCCAAGUUAAUCGGGAAAAACGAAACUGCGUGCGGGUGGAAAUGCAAUGACAAUGCCUGUGAAAUUCUACAAAACCUCUGCAUUGAAUCACAAUUCAUCGGCGGCCUUGCAUUAGUCAUAUUAUUGACUGUGUUGGCAAUCCUCUACUUUCUUCAAUGUUAUUCCGGCUGGAAGAGAAAAUACAUGUUUAAAUAUGACUGCAAAUGUGAAAAAGAGGAAGCGAAGUUGCCGAAGGCAAAAUUGAAAACCAAAGCAACUGAAGCUGCAAAAGAAAUGUGCAAAAAUACAAUGUUAAAGCUAUCCCCAAAAGAUGUUCAAUUUCAACCAGGACCCAGUCAUGAAAACAUCAAAACGAAUUCCCAGGUUUCUCAGGAUUCCAUCACAGCACACUAGUCAGCAAACAGAGAGGAUCAUACCAAGAGGAACGUUAAAUCACAGCUGUUUUUGGAGGUGGAACUGAAUGCAAUAGACCUCUCGUAUGGAAUGGAAUUGAAAAUAUGCAUAUUAACUUUUACUAAUUGUUAAUUACUAGUGUGUUUGUAUAAAUACCUUUCUUUAACCCUGGAGAUCACCAUAUUCAUGUGACAUCUGACGUCAGAUUAAAUAAAUAAAGGCUUUUCGGCAAAUAAAA